AUGCCCUAUGAUAAACUCGUCCUAGCCCUCGGAGCAGAGCCGAUCACACCAAAAGGCAUCGAAGGCGGGGAUGGAAACCAGGUAUUCCACCUCACCACCUUGGGCGAUCUAGACUCCAUCAAAGAACACAUCAAAACCCACAGCGUGAAAACCGUCGCCGUAAUAGGUGGCGCCUUCAUCGGCCUCGAAGCCGCCGAAAACCUCCGUCUCCUAGGCCUAGAAGUGACCGUCAUCGAACGCCUAUCCCACAUCUUCCCCCCCGCAGACGCAGACAUGGUCUACCCCCUAGAAAAAGAACUCAACGCCCACGGCGUAAACCUGAUCACCAACGCCACAGUCACCAAAAUCCUCCCCCAAGAGGUCGAGCUCGCCCCCUCUGGCCAACAAAUCCCCGCCGAGCUCGUCAUCAUGGCAGCCGGCGUCCGCGCCCGCCUCUCCAUCCCCCAAGCCGCCGGUCUCAAAACCGGCAAAACAGGCCUCACAGUAAACGAGCACAUGCAGACCUCGGACCCAAACAUCUACGCGGUAGGCGACAUGGUCGAAACCCCCAACCUCCUCCUCCUCGGCCUCGACCACCCAGACAAGAACAAAAUGCUCGCCCUCGCCGGACCGGCAAACCGACAGGGUCGUCUAGCAGCCGAUCACAUCUGCGGGAAGGAGACGAAAUACCGGGGCAACAUCGGCACAUGGGUCUGCAAGGUCUUUGGAAAAGCAGUCGGCAUGACAGGGCUAAGCGCCCACCAGCUUGACGAGAUUAGUGGUAGCAACCACGACUGGGUCACCGUCCACCCGGUCAACCACGCCGGUUACUAUCCCGGCUCGUGCCGGCUUACGGUCAAGAUCCACUUUGAUCUCAAAAACGGAAAGCUGCUUGGGGGCCAGGUCACCGGGCCGGAGAACGCAGGCGUGGACAAGCAGACUGAUGUUUUGGCCGUAGCGCUGACGGCGGGGAUGACGGUGGAAGAUCUGGAGCAUCUCGAGCUGGCGUAUGCGCCUCCUUUUGGGAGCGCAAAGGACGCGGUGAAUAUGGCUGGGUUCGUGGCUGGAAAUGUGCUGAGGGGGGAUGUGGAGAUUGUCCACGCUGCCGACUUUGCUUUUGAGACGUCAAAGGGGAGGAGGAAGAGCUUGGAGGAUUACUUUUUGUUGGAUGUCCGGUCGCCCAAGGAGUUUGCGAGUGGGCAUAUUGAUGGGGCUGUCAACAUUCCCUUGGGUGAUUUGAGGAAGAGGUUGGACGAGGUGCCCAAGGACAAGCCCAUCAUCAGUUAUUGCCAGGUUGGAUACCGGGGCUAUCUGGGCUACAGGAUAUUGAAGCAGGACGGGUAUGAUGCGGUGAAUCUGGAUGGUGGCUAUCGUGCUGUUUUUGAAGGAGGUUUCGAUGAUGGGUUGAAGCCUGUGGUCAAAAGAUGGGCACCGAACUGA